AUGAAGCCGGCUUUGCCAUCUGGAACUCCCAGACGAAUUUCACGAAGAAAAGAUGAAAAGAGUUCCCCCAACUUUUCCAUCUCUCCAAUUCAAGCAACCAACCUUCUCCUCAAUAAUGUACCAUUCCUUGUUGAGGUGUCCGUUUCUGAGAGGCUUGUUCAUAUUAUUUCGGAUGAGGUACACGUUUACCGCAAAUCCAUAGAGCUUCCCUUCACCCAACUCUCUUGCUGUCUUUCUCAGCUGGAGAUAUUCAUGCUGGAUAUUGAUUUAGCGGUCUACAAUCAGGAUUAUGUAUUUCCCGUAUUAGCAAAUGUCAAGCAUUUGGAAUUAACAGUGAAGGCAAAUUAUGAUAUGGAUCUUUUUCAUUUAACUUCUUUCAUGAAGGCAUCUCCUCUCGUGCAGAGACUUGUGUUGAAGUUGAAUUUUACAACACUUGCAGGAAUGGGACCAAUAAAGAGCGCAGGCGAAUGCCCCCAUCAUUACCUGAAGGUAUUAGAAAUUGUAGGGUAUCGUGCUCAGACAUGUGUUGUUCAACAUGUCAUGCACCUAAUAAAGAGUGCUGUUGCACUGGAGAAAAUUAUUAUCCAUCCUGUCCAGCCUUUGAAUGAAUCUUUUGUAAGAGUUAGGGAAGUUGAAAAGGUCGAAGAAGCGAAAGCAAGAGACCAUGCUAUGCAAUGCCUUCGAGAAAAAGUGCCUUCAACUAUUGAAUUUGUAUGCCUGUAGAAUGUAGUGCUUAAAUUACCUAGAGAUUUUGUUGGCAUUUAAUGUUG